AUUGUGUCAUCAAAUCCUAACUGGCGGCGAAAGUCGCCGAAAAUGGAGACCGAGGCGCCUCCCGUCGCCACCACCUCCGCAGCUGCCUCCUCUCAGGAGAGACGAUACCGCUCAAUCUUUGACCUUCCAGACGACUUCUUCGACUCAUGUCGCUUACUCUCUCCAUCUCUCCUGACUCCAGUGUUCGAGUGUCUCUCGAUUUCCGAGAAAUCUGCUCCUGAAAACAUAGACGAGAUAGGCAAAGAGGAAGAAAAAGCUUCCAGCCAUGGCAUUUCUUUGACCAGAUGGACUUGCAACACCUGCAAGGCUGAUUUCGAUUCUCUCCAGGAUCAGCGCUCCCACUUCAAGUCCGAUAUUCAUCGUUUCAAUGUAAAGUUGAGCAUUGCUGGAAAGGCUGUUGUGAAGGAGGAAGAUUUUGAUGAGCUGACUUCAGAUUCUUUCAAAGACUAUGAGGUUUCAAGCAUUUCAGGAUCAGAAGAUGAACUUGACAAGGGAGCAAGUUCUCGAAAUGAGGCACAAAGUAGAACUAUUGAAAAUAUUAGGAAGAAGUUGUUUAUCCAUCUUCAAACAGGAGAAAGGGUUUCAGUAUGGAAGUCUCUAGUUUUGAGUGAAUCGGAAAAUGUUUCUUAUGAGAAUGAAAAGGAGGCUUCGGCCAUUGGUGGCAGGUGCUUGAGCGAAUGCGAAGUGAUUGAGAGAUUGAGAACCUCAGUUCAGGAGACCAGGGAUGGUAAGCAUUUAAGGGCUGUAUUGCUUGCUAGUGGAGGGCACUUUGCUGGAUGUGUCUUUGAUGGUAAUUCAGUCGUGGCUCACAAAACAUUUCAUAGAUAUGUUGUAAGGGCCAAGGCUGGUAAGAAACAGUCAUCCAAGGAUGCAAGUGGCAAGGCUGCACAUUCUGCAGGAGCUUCACUCCGCCGGUAUAAUGAACUUGCAUUAAAGAAGGAAAUUCAGGAGCUACUUUCUGCUUGGAAGCCUUAUUUUGAUGCUGCUUCUUGUGUUUUCAUUUAUGCUCCUUCAAACAAUCGUCAAAUGCUCUUUAAUGGUGAUAAACCAUAUUUCAGUAACCAGUAUUGUGCUAUUCGAAAUGUUCCAUUGUCUGUUCGUAGACCAACAUUCAAAGAGGCUCGACGCAUAUAUAACCAGUUGACACAAGUGGCUUAUGAAGUGGAGGAAGAAAACCCAACAUGCAGCAAAGAGGAUGUAUUCUUAAGUGGAAGCAACUCUAGUAAUGAUUGUCCAGGCACUACUAAAGAGGAGUUGGGCCACAACUUAACUCAUGUUGAAACUAAUGAAGGACCUUCAAAUUAUACAAACUAUGAUAAAAUUUCAAGUGAGAGUGAGAGUGAGACAGAAGGUGUUUGUAUUACAACUCCUUUGCAUGAAGCAGCACAGUCUGGUAAUGUUACAAAAGUUUUGGAACUCCUGGAGCAGGGUUUGGAUCCCUGUAUUAAAGAUGAGAGAGGGCAGACUCCAUACAUGCUGGCAAGUGAGAAGGAAGUCAGGAAUUCUUUUAGACGAUUCAUGGCAUCAAACCUUGAUAAGUGGGACUGGCAUGCUGCUAAAGUACCUAGUGCAUUGACUAAAGAAAUGGAGGAAUCACAAGCUGCUAAGCAGGCAGAGAAAGAUGCCAAGAAAAAGGCAAGAGCAAAAGAGCUGAAGAAAUUGCGAAGAGCCAAGGAAAAGAAAGCUCAGGCUCAGGCUGUACAGUCAGAAAAUGCUGUGCCAGUUGCAGAGAACAAAGCACCCAUUACUUCAGUCCUCAAAGCACAAUCUUCAACCAUGGGUAGAUCACAGAUCUCGAAAGAGGAGGAAUUGAAGAGAACACAGGCUGCUGAGAGAGAAAAGAGAGCAGCUGCUGCUGAGAGCAGGAUAGCUGCUGUGGCUGCACAAAACACUCAAGGCAGUAGCCCAACUGUUACGCCAACCACUUCACAAUCCAGAACUGGGAUAGCAAGUGAUAUCAACUGCUCCUGUUGUAAUUCAUCAUUGGCAGGAAAAGUUCCCUUUCACAGGUAUAACUACAAAUACUGCAGCACAUCAUGCAUGCAUGUACACCGAGAGAUCCUUGAGGAUGGAUAACAUAAACUGUGUGCUAUCUUUCUUCUUUAUAUUAAGUAAUUUAUAUAUUCAUCAAUAAUAUUUGCAUAUGUUAUUAUUCCAUGUCCAUCUAUCUGCAUUGCCAGAUGUCUAAAUCUUGUUAAGCUUUUCCUUAGAAAAAUAUUCUUCCCAAAUCUCAAUAUUUAUCAU